AUGGCAGGUGUAUUUCCAGGCAAGUGCCAUGAACCGUGUGCGGUCUCUCAUGUCACUGGAUCGGUUUCUCGGGUUGCUAUAUCGGCUGUUCAGCAAGACUGGGAAACAUUUCUUUUGGUCGUAUCUAUUAUUGUAUCAUUUACAUUUGGAUCGUUUAUGGCUGGAUUUAUAGUGGGCGACAACCGAUUCAAACUUGGUGCCAAUUACGGAAUAACACUGUGUAUAGAAUCUGCUGCGUUGUUUACAUCGUUUAUGUUUUUGCGUCGAGAGUUGGUAUUGGGCGAAUGA